CAUUAGCACACAGGCACUGCCUGCUUCCGUUUAGUUUAUACAGCAAACGACACAGAUUUAUUUUUUAUUUUUUAUUUUUUUUUUUUAAAUUGCCAAGGAGUGUCUUAAUUUGUGAUAAACGUACUGCAACAGCUCAAAGAUAAGAUUUUGUCCACUGUAGUUCACCACCAUGCAACAAUUGAUUACCCUGCCUUCAUAAACUACUGAUAGUGUAUAUCCCACACCCUUUCCUUGGGUUGAAUAUGGCCUUUAUGAAACUGAGGGGGGUUGUGGGCUUUUUUUUUUUUUUUUUUUUUUGUUUGUUUGUUUGUUUUAACGUUUAAAUGUGUUCCAUGAGGUAAGAUAGACAACAUGCUCGUGGUAAGUGUAACAUUUGUUCAAAUUUGCAUAUUUCCCUGAAACACUGGGAAGAAAAUGAAAGCUUGACUAUCGGAGUGAGUUUCCGAGAGAAAAAUCCUAUAUUAGUGAUGAUAAUUAGAGUAAUAAAAAAUAUAAAAACACUAAAUGUGACAAAGGGUCACAGCGGGACAGUGCGGGAUCUGUGAAUAACUUGAAGGGGAUCUAGGCAGGUAUGGCAGGAUGACAUCUAUAUGAUUUACUUUUAUUUUACUCAGAAGAAACUUGGCUUGAAGGAAGGGGGCAGAGACCAAACAUGAGAGAGAGAAUGACCUGAGAGGGUCCAAUAAAAAGUCAAGGAUUAUUUUGAAUUAUAAAUCAUGCAAAGCCGCUUUAGUGGAAUCCGCUUCUAUGUAAAUAUAGUCUGAAAUCUUUAUGAUCGUUCCACGUUAACCUUUGUGUCCUGUUUGGAUCACAUUUGAGUUGUUUUGACACACAAGGUUUCCUCACUACUGCUUGGAAAGUGCUAGUAGUUUGUAGACUAGCUGGUAAUGUUGAUAAUAAAUGUGGGCUUUCUAUCAUUUAACAAUGAAGACAGCGGCUAAUGAGAGGGUUAUACAUGGGUGUCUAUUAAAUCCCAACACUUUUUCCUUUUAAUAGAAUUUAUUUUAAAUCAUUUCUUGUAUGUUUUUAUGUUUUAAACGGGGCAUGAAAUUGUGUGAAAAUGGAUGUUAUUCACAGAAAAAUGAGUGUUAUAAAUCCUAGAAAAUCCACCCUGUAUUCUCUCUGAAACUUAAAUUAAUCAUCCAUUCAUUUAUGUCAGACUAUUUAUACAUUCUAAGAAAUCUGUAGGUCAGAUUUACGGGUCAGCACUGAGGGAGUGUCUGUGAAGGAGUUCUUGGCCAAUACUGUGAAAGCAUGAAGUAUGAACAGUAUGUAAAGGUUAAACACCUUCCUAACUCGUCACCACGAGGACAGAAAGAAAAACAAAUAUCAGGCUUAAAUAGGUCUGAAAAAUCUAUUUCUCUUGAUAUUGUUGCUGGGCUCUUUUUCACACAUGCACACUGCCAUCUUUGACCUACAGCACCUCUACCUUUUGCCCCAUAGCCUCAGGACCAUAAUGUCAUUGCAGUAAAUGCAAAUAGUCUGCAAACAAAGUCAAAGUCACCACAAACCAGUGCAAAUACCGAACCACAGCAGCAAUAAAAACCUAGACUCAAGGCAUUUUAUAGUUAAAAACCCCACCUUUAUUUUAUAUGUAUGAGGAACAGAUUUUCAUUUAAAAUGAAACCUUCCUGAUAUGAUCGUCUCAGUGCGUCAGUUCCAUCGUGUCAUUAGGAAAAUAGUCAAAGAUCAGGCUGAUGACUAGAGACCAGAAGUUCACCUUUCUUUCUGACGUCAUAAGCAGCCAGGUUUGAAGACAAUUAAACCACACCCCAUUAAAUUACAUAAGCAUUGCUGCACUGCCCAUCUGUGGGAGGUUACCCAGAGCCAUGCAGCACUGUCGUGAUGAAGCUUUUACAAGGCUUUCCAUUCUUAACUGUGACUGGUUAGCAGGGAAUUCCUUAUCAGAGCUGAACGGGCUGACGCCUGUGAGCAAUCAGCCAAGUAUACUGUCAUGACUUUAAACCCAUGAAACUUUAAUAGCGAUUUCCUGAUGAUUUAAGGAACAACUUCUGACUGUCAGGAAAGAUUAGCCUCUUGAAGACCCAGCACAGCCACAAUGGUGGACUCCCCACACCCUUUUGCGUACAAUUGGGCUUAAUUGAUAACAAGAAUGCUGAUAAUAACACUGUUGUGGCAGAAAUCUGAUCCUUCUCUAGUCUAAUCUCAUAUUUACAUCUUUAUUGCAGCAGCAGGGAGAUGCUCAGCUGUGUCUCCUACAAUUUACACAGGCAGGGUCCAAAGUCUCAAUAAACAUCCAUCCAAUAUGAUCCUGGUAAAUCCACCACCAAGGACAUUUAUGUAAAAUCUCCUUUAAUAAACGUAUUAUCUUCUUAUUUAACUUCUUAUUUAAACAACAUGACCUGCACGAUUUGUUGAUUUCAGCAGGUUGUGCAUUUUAAGAUUUGGUCCUGUACAGUAGUAGUAGUGGAUGUAACCUGAUAUAAGCUUCAGUAGGAAUACUGCAAGUUCAAGGUGAAAAACAUUUGGAUGGGCUCCCCUAAAUUGCCCAGAAAGACACACAUCACUCCACUGUGACAAGUUCCUUAUUCACUUCUGAGUAAGCGAUCCAUUUCUCUUCCUCCUCUUACAGUCAGUCCAAAGUCAAAGCGUCAUAAAACCUCUGUCACUCAUAGGCACGCUGAGUUUUAUCCUUCCUCAUACGGAGACGGAUUCUAUAAGACGCAAAGACGAGGAACGAGACGGGAAUUAAUGAAGAUCCCACACCAAAGGAUCAUCGGGGACUAGAAAUAAAAGAAACUUGUGAUGUUGAGAAAGGGGGAAUGGGUUUGGGUGGACUCGAGCAUAGGGGUGCCCAUCGGAGCAAGGGUCAAAGUAACACCGUCGGGUCAGCGGUUGCUGGUGGACGAUGAGGGAAAGGAGCGCAGGUUGUCACCGGAGCAGGAAGCCUCCCUCAAGAUCAUGCAUCCUACAUCGGUGGAGGGGGUGGACGACAUGAUCAAACUCGGGGACAUGACGGAGGCCGGUCUCCUCAGGAACCUCCUGCUCAGACACAGACAAGGCAUCAUCUAUACCUACACGGGCUCGGUGCUGGUGGCCGUGAAUCCAUACAAAGAUUUUCCAAUAUACACAGAAGAGCAGGUGAGGUUAUACCAUAAGCGAAAACUGGGAGAGCUCCCGCCCCACAUCUUUUCCAUCGCUGAGGCCUGUUACUUUAACAUGACUCGCCAUCAAAAAAACCAGUGCUGCAUCAUCAGUGGGGAGUCUGGAGCAGGGAAGACCGAGAGCACUAAACUGAUCCUGCAGUACCUGGCAGCCGUCAGCGGUGAGCUCUCUGAGCAGCGGAUUGAGAAGCAGAUCCUGGAGUCCAACCCGAUUCUAGAAGCUUUUGGAAACGCUAAAACAAUCCGCAAUGACAACUCCAGCCGCUUUGGGAAAUAUUUGGAAAUCUUCUUCAACAAGGAUGGAGUGAUUGAGGGUGCACGCGUGGAGCAGUAUCUUCUGGAAAAGUCUCGUGUCUGUCGUCAGGCUCUGGAGGAGCGAAAUUACCACAUAUUUUACUGCCUGCUGGCAGGAAUCUCAGCAGAGGAGAAAAAACGCCUGAGCCUCGGGAAUGCCAAGGAAUACAAAUUCCUUACCAAGGGCAACUGCAUUGCUUGUGGAGGACGAGACGAUGCCAAAGACUACAGUCGUAUUAAUUCCGCCCUAAAAACGCUGAAUUUCUCAGGAAAAGACUGUCAUGAAAUCUUCAAGCUCCUGGCGGCCGUACUACACCUGGGAAACGUCUGCUUUGAGGCCAACACUCAAAAUAACCUGGAAACCAGUGAAGUCAGCAAAUCGGAACAUUUCAAUGUGGCGGCAUCACUACUGGAGGUGGAGAAGCCCACCCUGGCAACCAAUCUGACUCAUCGAUCCUUUAAGACCAACCGUGAAAUGGUGACUAAACCUCUGAGCUGUGAACAGGCAGCUGACUGCAGAGACGCCUUUGUGAAGGCGAUCUACAAUAAGCUGUUCAUAUGGAUUGUUAAGAAAAUCAACAGUGUCAUCUACAAGAAGCUGACCAGCAACUCCAAAUCAGCCUACCUGUCCGUCGGCCUGCUUGACAUCUUUGGCUUCGAGAACUUCAACACUAACAGUUUUGAGCAGCUUUGCAUUAACUUUGCCAACGAGAAGCUGCAGCAGUUCUUCGUGGCCCACAUCUUCAAGCUCGAGCAGAAGGAGUACAUGAAGCAGGGCGUCAUGUGGGAUAACAUCAACUUUAGCGACAAUCAGAAGAUUCUCGACCUUCUAGCUGGAAUACAAUGUAAUGUGCUGGCUCUUGUUGAUGAAGAGAGCCACUUUCCAAAGGGUACAGAUGCUACGAUGCUAGAGAAGUUGAACCAGCACCACAAAGGACACAAGAACUACAUCGCCUCCAGGAGUGAACGUGACACAAACUUUGGGAUUUGUCACUUCGCUGGCCUGGUUCAGUACGACUCCAAUGGUUUCUUGGAAAAGAACAGGGAUGCUGUCAGUUCGGACAUCAUUAAGAUGCUCGACAUGUCUGCCAAUAAGCUACUGCGUGACAUAUUUGAGUCUGAACUGUCAACCAAUGGGAUUAAGGCUGUUAAAAAUAAAAAGUUCAUCAUGACCCCAAGCAACUCUCUGCGGGGAUUGGCUGACACUCGCAAACAAGUGCCGACACUGAGCGGCCAAUUCCGGCAGUCUCUGGACUCCCUAAUGAAGGCUCUGUCUGCCUGCCAGCCUUUCUUCAUCCGCUGUUUCAAACCCAACAAUGGCAAGCAAUCUGAGGUGUUUGACAGAGAGCUGUGUAUGCGUCAGCUGAGAUACUCCGGCAUGAUCGACACCAUCCGUAUUCGGAAGCUGGGAUUUCCCAUUCGACACACGUUCGACGACUUCUUAAAGCGCUACAGGGUGCUCCUGAAGACGACCGUCUGCAACCCCAAUACCGAGUCUGCUGCGGCCUGUUGUAAAGCCAUCUGUGAGGCGGUGAUCGAAAGGGAGGGCGAAUGGAAAAUAGGCAAUACCAAAGUUUUCCUAAAGGAUGUUCACGAUUCUAUUCUUGAAAAGCGGCGGGAACAAGAGCUCAGCAGGGUAGCUUUGGUGAUCCAGAGAGUCAUGCUUGGACAGAGAGACAGAAAGUCUUUUCUGAGGAAGCGUUCGGCAGCCGUGGUGCUACAGCGGUCCUGGAGAGCCUACAUGAAAACAAAGGUUCAGCGCGGCUUUGAGCGGCUGGCAGCACUAAUCCGUAGCCGGAAACUCCAGGCAAAGUACCAAAAGCAGCGAGAAGCAGCAGUCGUCAUACAAGCACAGGUACGAGGCUAUGUGGCGAGGAAGGACUUGAAGAAAAAGAGAGAGGCAGUCACACGGCUGCAGGCGCAAAGGCGAGGAGUGCUGGCCAGAAGGGAAGUUGAGUCCAUGAUGAACACGGCUUUAGUUUUAAAACAGCUGGAGGAGGUCUCACAGAUACUGGACAAUGAAACCAAGUCAGAGUCAGAGCACGAUUCAGACGACGAAGAUCUUCCCGUCACGCCUUCAGUCAAUGUAGCAGACGAAGAAACUUCAGAAUCUGAGACGAGUCACAGCAGUCCAGAGCCUGUAAAGAUAAUCUCUGAGCUCUUGGAGCCAGAGUUGAUAGUCACCCCACCAUCAAACUCGAUAUCCCCGACCCCUUCGGUGGAUGAAGAUAAGGAGGAGGAGACCGAUGACUUUGAGGACGACGGUGAUGAGUUUUCAUUCUACAGGUUCAGCCAGCGUUACUUCCAGGACAGCGCCAGCCACACGCACAUACCCUACCGACUCAAGAAGUCUCUUCUGCAUCACGACGAUGAGGGUGACACACUGGCAUGUCUGACUAUAUGGUGGAUCAUUUUGCGCUUCAUGGGGGAUAUACCAGAACCCAAAUCCUCAGAUGCCAUAUCAGUGGCAUCAAGCAACACGCCCCAGGCUCUACCCAGCAGGCAGGGCAGGAGGCUGAGCAACUUGGUGGGACUGGACCAGAAAAUACUGAGGAAGAACAAGAAAAAGUUUGACAGAAGAGCCUCUUCUAUCCCCGAGGAGCCAGAAAACUUGACAGGAGAAGAGGAUGUUAUGAUUGGAGAGGGUACCACGCUGCAAAGGCCACUUUCAGACUUGGAAAAAAUUCACAUCAUCAUCGGCUAUGCUCUGUCAAAACACGGCAUAUGGGAUGAGAUCUAUUGUCAGAUCUGUAAACAGCUGUUGAAAAACAAUGACAGGAGGAAUCGUAUGCAAGGGUGGAUUCUUCUCUCCAUCUGUCUGGGGAUUUUCCCUCCAACAGACCUCUUUAGGAAGUAUUUAGAGAACUUUCUGCGCAGAGGGCCAUAUGACUACAGGGGGUAUUGCAUUGAGCGCCUGAAACGUAUCGUAGCCAAUGGACCAAGAAAAGAGUUGCCCUGCUGGAUAGAGCUACAGGCUGCCAGGACCAGGAAACCCAUUGAUACGACUGUGGCAAUACAGGAUGGUCGAAAUAUUGAAAUACAACUGAACUCGUCCUCCACAUCUGAGGAAGUCUGCCAAGAUGUGGCCAAUGACAUCGGUCUCAAAGACACCUACGGAUUCUCCCUGUACAUUAGGCUCUAUGACAAGAUGUGGUCUCUGGGGAACUCUGGGGCACACGUGCUAGAUGCAAUAUCUCAGUGUGAGGAAGAGAUGAGGAGGCAAGGCAGACUGGAGAAGGAUACCCCAUGGUCGCUGUCCCUCCGCAAGGAACUGUUCACACCCUGGCACGAAAGUAAACUAGAUGAAGUCAGCACAGAUCUUAUCUACAGGCAGAUCAUCAAAGGAAUCAAGGCAGGAGAGUACGUUGCUGAUAAGGAUGAUGAUUAUAUCCAGCUGGCAAUAAUGCACUAUUACAUCAUGUUUGGCUCCGAGUAUAGCGUUGAGAACGUCACCAAAGUGGUUAAUGAGUGCAUCACCACCCAGCUUAUUGAAAGCAAGUCUAAAACAAGAUGGACCCAGUUCAUCAGCUCAGCACACAAAGAGGGUCCUUAUGUCAGUGGGAGGCAAAACUCGGAUGAGGUAAAAGGAGAACUGGUGGACAUCGCACGCAAGAAGUGGGCAAUCCACUUUUCAAAGUUUUUUGAAGUCAUAAUGAUAUCAGGACCACCUUUGCCCAAAAACAGAUUUAUUGUGGCUAUAAACUGGACUGGCAUCUUCUUCAUGGACGAGAGAAAUAGGCAACUUCAUGAAAUUCCUUACAUAGCAGUUAGGAAAGUCCAGGAGAAAAGUGACAGUGCCCAGACCAUUAGCUUGAUCACGAUCACAGGAGAGUAUGUCCUGAAGUCUCCUGAAGCUGAGAAAAUUGUAACACUGAUAGAGAACAAUGUGGAAGGGCUGAGACAGCGCUCAGUGUUUGCAACCGCGCAGCAGGACUCUAGCAAAUCAGAUGACCCGCUGUUUCUGGUUUGUAAGCGCGGUGACCUCCUGCAAGUAGACAAAGAAAAAAGUGCCCCUAAUGAGAGCUGUUUCAUCGCCACCAACAAGCGCACUGGCAGCUCUGGUGCAGUCUAUAAGAAAAUAUUGCUGUUCCUGCCAACUCUUACCGAGCCCACUAGUGAAAUGCUGGAACAACUCAAUCCAAAGCAGGAUAAGAGGAGAGCUUCACUAGUUCUUAACCCCGUUCAAGGAGAAGAAACAGUGGCCCCUGUCUCUUUGAAAGAGUUUGCCCUUGAGAAUUUCAGAUCUGUGAGUGGCGGUCGGCAAGGAUACAAAGGAGGCAACAGGGAGAAACUGUGGGUCAUUUCCAGAGAGCCUCUCAAGCAACCACUCCUGAAGGUGCUGGUCAACAACUCUGAGCUCAGCAACCUGGCCUGCAGUGCCUUCACUGCCAUCCUGAAGUACAUGGGCGACUACCCCAUCAAACAUGUCCGCAGUCCCGUAGAGUUGACCGACCAGAUCUUUGGUCCAGCCACAAAGCAUGAAGAACUGCGCGAUGAAAUUUACUGCCAGAUCAUGAGACAGAUGACCGCCAACAGCAACAGUUUGAGUAUGGAGCGUGGGUGGCAGCUGAUGUGGCUGUGUUCAGGCUUGUUCCCGCCCAGCUGGGAUUUAUUGAAACACACACAGUGCUUCCUGGAGUCGCGGCCCAGAUACCCACUGGCUGCUCUUUGCCUGGAGAGGCUGCAGGAGAUCUGCAGUAAGAAGCCCAGGAAUCUUCCUCCCCAUUUCGUAGAAGUGGACGCUAUCCAACAGAACAGCCCUAAGAUCUUCCAGAAAGUCCACUUCCCAGAUGAUACAACUGAUAUAGUCGAGGUGACAUCAACAACCACAAUUGGAGACAUGUGCAUCAGCAUCGCCUCUCAGCUCAUUCUGUACUCACCUGAAGGAUACGGCCUGUACCUGAAAACACUAACCAAGACGGUGAGCAUGGAGGAGGAUAAAUAUUUCUUUGACAGUCUAAAGAUAACCUCAGACGUCCCCAAAAAAAGAAAAAAGGGGAAAGAAGUCACUCAGACCAAUUUACCUUCCUUGGUGCUCUUUAAGAGGAAGCUCUGGUUCAAUGUGAACCCGGGGAAAGAUGUGAAAGCAGAUCUCACUUUCCAUUUCCCACAGGAACGAUCGAAGUACCUGCGGGGAUACCACGACUGCACCAAAGAAGACAUGAUUACUCUGGGUGGGCUCCUAUUCAGAGUCAAAGUAGAAUCAGACAUGUCACAGUUUGUCAUGAUCCCCAAAAUGUUGAAGGACCUGGUUCCUGCUGACCAGCAAAAGAUCAUGUCCCCUGAUGAAUGGAAGAAGCACAUCAUCUCCUCAUACAAGCAGCAGAGUGGCAUCACAGUGGACGAAGCCAAAAUCGACUUCCUAAAAAUCAUUUCAAGUUGGCCAACCUUUGGCUGUACCUUCUUUGAAGUUAAACAAACAUGUGAAUCUAGCUACCCAGCUAUACUUCUGAUCGGCAUCAAUAAGCAAGGGGUUCGCUUAGUAGACCCAGAAACAAAGGAUACACUGAUAAUGCACGAGUUCAGCCGCAUCACAGAAUAUUUCAGCAAAGGCAACUCCUUCCAGAUGACCAUCGGCACCAUGUUCAGGGGCGUCACCUUUGUCUGUGAAACCCCAAAUGCCCACACGAUCGAAGACCUCCUCAGAUCCUACGUCAGCAUGUAUGAAAAGGCAAGGCAGGCCCCCCUUAAUCACAGGAAGAGCAUAUUUUCUUAAGGUUUCACUGGCGGAAGUAUAGACUUAACCUUUGUGGAUUAUAUGUACUCCUGCCCAAUGUCUCUAUAGGAAUGUAUUUGUAUCCUUAAAAAUACAAACUCAUCAAUUUGUACAUUUAGAUUUUAGCAUUUACAAUUCUUUCUAAGGAACAAGCAUUCAAACUGUAAUAUUUCCAUUGUUAUCGCCUUAAAUGCAGUAAAAUUCUGUUUUCUGAAGAAACGGUUGCAUGUCCACGACUUCCUCUGACAUUCAUGUAACUGUCAUGGCAUUAAACUAUGACGUCCAA